GUUGGGUUGGGUGGGGUUGGGUUGAUUUCAAUUUCCCUUUCCAGAGUUUUCUUGUUCAUUCUUGGUUGUCAUGAUUGUGAUGGGGUUGUGUUUGGUUUCCAGGAAUUUGCUUUCUCUACUUUAAAUUUUUCUUCUUUCAUAAUCUUUUUGUGGUUUGGGUUGAUUUCAAUUUCCCUAUCCAGAGCUUUCUUGUUCAUUCUUGGUUGUCAUGAUUGUGAUGGGUUAAUUGCGUUGUGUUUGGUUCCCGGGAAUUUGCCUUGUCUUGAUUUCUUUCCAUUCAUGAUCGGAUCGCCCAUCCCCUUUUUAAAACUUUUCUCGUCUGGGUUUCCUCUGAAUUCUGAUUCUUUUAUCAAAUCUUUUUUUUUCCUUUUUGGAUUUGAAUCACUCUCUUGAUCGUUUCAGUGCCGGAUUUCUGCGAUUGAAAUUGCCAUCUGGGUUUUCACUCAAUCACGUAAUGCAAUUUAAUUAAGCAAAAUGUUGAGAUCAGAGUUGUGUGAUUAUCCACUUAUCGAAAUGACUCUGUUGCUGGGUAUAUAUUCAAGAAUAUCUUGAGACACUGAGAUGGGUUUCUUAUGAAUUUAUUGAACAACUAUGUUGGUUCAAAGUGAGAUUUGAAUUUGUUUAGUUGAAAUGAUUGAAUUAUUGGGUUUUCAAGAUUGAAUAACUAUGGACUUGUGGAAUUGUAAGCAUUUGAGAUUCUUCGGUACCCAUUUGAAUUCUAUUCCUUGCAAAUGUGUUGCUUUGCUUGUCAUUGCUUUGGUUCUUAGAUCUGUUUUGAUCCCUACAUUCUCUGGAUUUUGUGGGAUUGAACAUGACAACAGCGUUAAAAUGUUGAUCCCAAAUGAUUCCUUGUCGUUAAAUUCACAAUUUGGAAUUCGAAAACUCAAGUUCUUGGAGGUUCCUCAAAUCAUAUGGGGUUUAAACAAUCAGAAGAUUGCUUUUGCUAGAGCUUGCCUGACUGCAAGAAUGUUAAACCGAACCCUUUUGAUGCCGAGCCUAAGUGCUUCGUUGUUUUACAAAGAAAUUGAUCUCCUGCUACCCAUUUCCUUUGACAAGGUCUUCCAAUUUGAAAGGUUCAAUUCGCUUUGCAACGGGUUUGUCCAAUUAGGCCAAUACACAGAUCUUUCAAACCGGUCUAAUGUUGUUGAGCUUCAAAAGGGAAGUGGAAGGAAGUGGACGGUUGAGAGAGACCUAGAUCAACUGAGACAGUUUAGCAACGAUCCAUAUGACGGGUAUGAAACAAUUCAGAUAGUUGGGAAAAACCCAUUUCUGUGGCACGAUCACUGGCCCGUUAAAGAUUACGCCAUGGUCUUCGAGUGCUUAGGUUUGGUAGAUGAAAUAUCCAAAGAAGUUGAUAAAGUUGUCUCCAAGAUUAGAGACAUAGGAAGAAAAAUUGUUUCGGGGAAUUCUGUGUUGGAGCCAGUUCCUUAUAUAGCAGUUCACAUGCGGAUAGAGAAGGAUUGGAUGAUUCACUGUAAGAAAAUGGAGCAAAGAUCGAACAUUAGCGAAAUUUGUAGCAGCAAGGAGGAGAUUAUGGAGCGAGUUGGGAAUAUUGCAGGACUGAAAAGCCCAAUUGUUGUUUACCUUGCUGUGGCCGAUAGUCUUCUUGAAGAUGACUCUAUCUUGGACGGUUGGAAGGAAGGUUUGCUUCCCUUUGGGAAGAAGAAAUUGGGCAUAGCAGGAAUUUACAGGAGGUACCCUUACCUCAUUCAAUCAGCUAUUGAUUACGAAGUUUGCUUGAGAGCCGAUGUGUUUGUAGGAAACAGCUUUUCGACAUUUUCCAAUCUUUUAGUUCUUGAGAGAACACAAAAGAUUAUUAGAACAGGCGUCACAAGCUCGUGUGCUACGGAUGUAAGGUGGCCUUCCUAUGCCUAUAAUAUCUUAGGCGAAUCGAAUGGCCCUCGUAGAUGGAUGACAAAUAUGUCUGCCUCAAGUCUACGCGCAAUUAGCUAUGGUUCAAAUGAAAUCUCUUGUUAAAGGUUGGACACAUUUUGAUCAAUUAGUGUAGAUAACAGGGCUUUUGAUUUUUGAAAAUUUUGUUGAUCCUUCCGGCAGAGAUUGGUUGGUGCAUAUUUCAAGGAUGAUUCUUUGUGUAAAGAAAGUUGAUGAUAGAGAUCACAAAAAUAGCAUUUUGAGGUAUGGUUGUUUGUUUGUUAUAUCUUAUACGAUGAACAUUUAUUUUAUUGUCAUAUUCUUUGCAAACAUUUUAAAGAACAUGUGUUGUAUCUUUAGUACACUUGUCAUUGAAGAAACAAUGAAUUUUGAAUUGAUAGAAAGUUUUAUGACC